AUGACAGACAAUAAGAAAGAGAAGUUCCCCAAAGUCCAGGGCGGAGGCAGCCUGAUUCUCGCAUGGCAGAUCAAGAAUAAGACUGUCUUGGUGGUUGGCGGAGGCGAGGUCGCCGUUGGUCGAAUCCUCAAUCUCCUCGAUGCCGACGCCAAGGUCGUAGUUGUGUGCCCAUCCUCGGGCCUCAGCGCAGAAGUGCGCCAUCGCAUUGACCACAACCAGGUGACCUACCUGGACCGUGCAUUCGAGCCUUCCGACCUUGAGACGCUUCCUCCGAGCAAUGGGCCUCCCGACAUGGUCCUUACCGCGGUCGAUGAUCCCGCCGCCUCUACCCAGAUCUGGAAGCUCUGCAAGCAGCAUCGCAUCCCUGCCAAUAUCGCAGAUGUCCCGCCCGAGUGUGAUUUCUACUUUGGAAGUGUACACCGUGACGGACCCCUUCAGAUCAUGGUCAGCACCAACGGUAAAGGCCCAAGGCUAGCCGCCAGUAUUCGGAAGUUCAUUGGAAAGCAGCUGCCGCCAGGCGUGGGCGAUGCAAUCGAGAGGAUCGGCGAGCUGCGGGCUAAGCUGCGGAAAGUUGCACCAGACCCGGAGGAAGGCCCCAAGAGGAUGCGCUGGAUGAUCAAGGUCAGCGAUGCCUAUACCUGGGACGACAUGAGUACACUCAGCGACGAAGACAUGGACAAUAUCUUGACAUUCUACCGCCCUAACAACGUCCCCGACCUAGAUGUGCUCAAAGCUAUGCGUGGGGGUAAGACUCCGGAGGAUAUCGAUGUAUUCGACGGCUCCUUUGGCUUCAGCGUUGGCGCAUGA